AUGACGGAAACUGUCACAGCCAACUGGGCACUCGAAAUCUACUUGAUUCAUACUAAGACCGGCGUCAUGCUAUUACAAAAAGCCUAUGUCAAGCGUGUAGUCAUUAAAUACAGUUUCAAUGAAUCUAGACCUCUGGCAACAUCUAUCGACAAUAAUGUUCAACUACAAAACGCAACAGAAGCGGAGAAAAUCGACGAUCCAACAAUGUAUCAGUCAAUAAUCGGUUCAUUAAUGUAUGCAGUAAUCGGUACCAGACCAGACCUCGCUUACACCGUUACCAUGCUCUAA